AUGGGCACUAACGGCAAUGGUCGUCGCGGAGGAACGAAAAUACCUGAUGUUCGCCGCCCUAUGGAAGAAGGGGAUUGUGUUAACGACAUGGAGAGUCCCGAACUUGACUUCGUUUAUGAUGAUUGUGAUACUCAAGCCAAUGAAAUAGCAGAGUUAUACAGUUAUACUGAACAUCCAGAGUAUCAACUCAACGUCAAGGCAUUUGAAGACAUCAUGGAAGACUUCAAUUUUCCUCCAAGCUGGCAAAGAUUGACAAAUAAACAGCAACGUACUGUGAUAAUGAAGUUAUUGGAGCACUUGGAUGUGGCUGUCAGUGAGAUACGUAUGCGUGCAACCCGUUGUAUACUGUACUUAGCUCAGGGAUGCUGGGCGGAGAUGCAGUCUGAUGCUGAGCAGGCUCACUGGGCGCGCGUCAACGUUAUGACGCUGUACGACAUGGGCACGUUUUCUGCCUUCGUUGAAUUAUUGAAUCUCGAAAUAGUUCGCAGUAGUUCUGCAAUAGCUUCCAGGAAACUAGCAGAAUCUCUGGCGGACUCUACUAACUUACGAGUUAUCUUGUCUGUUCUAUACCUCAUCACGGAAUACAUGAGAACUGAGAAGGACAAUCCUGAAUCUGAGUUCAAACAUUUGGUUAAAAACUUUAAAGAAGAACUGGGUUCUCCAUUUGGUGAAGAGUUGCUACCUGUAAAACUCCUAAGCAUGGUAACACAUCUUUGUGCAGGAACCACUCCACAUUUUCCUAUGAAAAAAGUGUUACUUCUUCUAUGGAAAGUUCUACUUGUUUAUUUAGGAGGCUCAAAGGAGUUAAAAGAAAGAAAGACUAGACUUAGAGAGAAAUAUAAUCUUCCACCUUCAUCAGAAGAUACUAUAGAAAUAGUAAAAGGUAUGAGAGCCAGUUCUCCUCCUCCAAGUGCAGCUGAUAUGUUGGAAAACCAAAAUCCAGGCCAGAGAAAGUUGCUAAAAGAAAAUGAUAGGGAGGGAAAAAUUCGCAGGCACCUUUUUAUGAAACAAACUUCACUAGAUGAGUCUGAUGAGCAAAUCUUUGUGGACAAAGAAGAAACCGGUAAUGGCUCAGAAGAUUAUUCUAUGGAAUUUCAAUCCAUACCAAGCGAGGGUGGUCAAUCUGAGAACAACCCUAACUGUCCUUAUUACAUGUAUUUCAAACAGUUUGACAGUCCUCCUCCACCACCACCUCUUCCUAGAAGUCUUCCUUGGCAAUCAAAAGUACGCCAAAAAGACAUUGACACAUUUCUUGACAAUGUACGGAUCAAGUUUGUUGGAUACUCCCUUCCUGGAGAUAGGCAAACUACUGCUGGACUGCCCCAGCCCAUUCAUGAAGGAAUAGACAUUCUCAAAAAACAUGUUUACACUAGUCUUUCAGAAUUGCAAGCAGAAAGAGAACUUGAAAUUGCUCGCAGUCCUCUUACUAAAGGAGAAAAAGAGGUUGAAGACACAGAAGUUGAAAUACUGUACAGAGCUAUGUUUCCUAAUUUGCCACAAUACAUGAUUGCACUGCUGAAAAUUCUUCUAGCUGCAGCACCUACAUCAACUGCUAAAACAUAUUCUAUCAACAUAAUGGCUGAUUUAUUGCCUGAGGAGAUGCCCAUGACUGUACUUCAAUCACUUAAACUUGGUAUUGAUGUUAACAGGCAUAAAGAAAUUAUAGUAAAAGCAGUUCGCCACAGAUUGAACGAUGACUGGGCUUUUGGUAAUGAUGUUGAUGCAAGACCAUGGGAAUUCCAAGAUGAGGAGUGUGCUCUGAGAGUAUGUGUGGAUCGUUUUAAUUCUAGGAGGUAUGGCAGUGGUGGAGACCAAGAAAUAGAUUUGACACCUCUUGAGACCGACAUAAACAGUGUACUGGAAACCAACAUUGAACUUGAUGAAGAGUUCAAACAUAACUAUGAAUUAUGGCUUGAGCAAGAAGUUUAUAAUAAUGAAAUAAACUGGGAUGUAUUAUUGACUGCAUGA